AUGGCUGCCUAUGUUCAAGAUGGAGGUUGGAGAACAAGCGGAGGCGGGACAACCUUUGGAGCUUUGCUGGGAGGAUGCCAGAAGUUCACUAAUAUCAGGUUCAGGUCGAUUGACUACCCAAGCUUUGGAACUGGUCUCUACAGCUACGACGAGAUCUGA